UUAAGCGUGGGGGUUGGCUUUGCGGGCUGGGCGGGGGCCGCGCAGCUGCGAUGCGGACGGGGCUCCGGCGGUGACCGGAGCUUCCGCCCGACAUGAACUCGCUGGAGCAGGCAGAAGAUCUUAAGGCUUUUGAGAGGAGACUUACAGAAUAUAUUCAUUGUUUGCAACCUGCCACUGGACGUUGGAGAAUGCUUCUUAUAGUUGUAUCUGUCUGUACAGCUACCGGUGCCUGGAACUGGUUAAUAGAUCCCGAGACACAAAAGGUGUCCUUCUUCACAUCACUGUGGAAUCAUCCGUUUUUCACUAUUAGCUGUAUCACUCUAAUAGGUUUGUUCUUUGCUGGAAUACACAAGAGAGUAGUUGCACCAUCAAUUAUAGCUGCUCGAUGUCGAACUGUAUUAGCAGAGUACAACAUGUCUUGUGAUGAUACAGGAAAACUAAUUUUGAAACCUAGGCCUCAUGUUCAAUGACAAUCUGCAUUCAUUGUUACGGGACCUAAAAGAGCCUUUCUUCAAAGAAAUGAUACAGCAAAAAGCCAUAAAGGAUUCCUUUUACAGUUGGAUAUGUGAAGGUCAUAGCCACAACUGACAAGAAUUGUGCAAUAUUUACCCAGAUUGUCUUGAUAAUGGUGACUCGUGUUAUCAGUGCUUCGGUACUUUUGAUUAUUUGUGUUUCAGUAUUAGUGUCACUUUAGUACUUCAGCUUCUGCAGAGAUCUUUGCAGUUGAAGUAUGUAUGUAUGUUACUAAGUUAAACUUAGAAACAGAACCUCAUCCAGUUUUUAUAAUGUAUUUUUGCAGACUACUGUAAAUAGCAAAUCAAUGCCAAUGUUAAAGAGGAAAAUGUUAUGUGGACUUUAUUCUCCUGCAUCAGUAUUUCCACAACAUGUGCUUGCAUCUCCACAGCUCUUUACAACCAACUACUGUGUAUAGCUGUGCCUUUCAUUCCUGUGCUCCUCUCUUAACCAUAGUGCAGGAGAAACAUCAGAUUGUGCUUAGACUGAGAAAAACUCAUCUCCAUUAUGUUGUAAGAGAUUAUAGAUGUUUAGAGAAACCAUUUUUGUUAAACCAGAUAGUGAAUUUCAGCCACUGUUGUGGUGAUAUUUUCCAGUCAUUGUUUUCAUUUAAUGCUAAAUAUACCUUAUAUUUUUUUAAAUGAUUUUAAGAACCCUCCAAAGGCUUCUGAAUAUACAAGUUUACUUGUAAAGUACGUAUUGUCUGGGAAUUCGAUAGUCAUUGUUUUAGAUAAUUGGAUUUUAUGCUGUGUAGAUAUGUUGUUUUACUAGUAUUGCACAGGUGUAACUGAUCAUCCACUCCAUCACAAAGAUAACUUGGGAGCGGUGCCACAAACAAGUCUACAAUUCUCACUGUUUAGAGAGUGUUAUUGACAUACUGUGUAUGCAUAUCAGCCACAUGUACUAUAAUCGCCCUUAAAAUUAAACUAUUGGGAUUGCUGUAAAUAUUUUAAAGAACUAGAGGUGCCUUUUACCUGUUUAUUAGAAGAUUUUGAAAAGGUUUAAAUUAUUUCAUGAGCAAUGUUUUAAAUCUCAUUUAACAUAAAGCUGAAAAUUCAAUAACAGGAUAAAAAUUUUUUAACAAGCCUACCAUUUAACUUAAAUGUGUUCAUGUUGGCAUUCACAUGUAUAAAAUUUUAUUCUUCAAACUGUAGCAAUAAACCCUCUGAUCCUAAGAAGCCUUAAGAGGGUAUUCUAUAUAUUCUGCAUUGUUUUAUUUUCUGUAAAUUUUGUAGGUAAAUACAUGCAUAAAAAUAAAUACUUUAUAUAUAA